UUCAUGCAUGCUUGGCGAGCUCUUUUGAAAAUUCAAAGAGAAAAAGGUCUUUAAUCAUAGUCAGAGAGACGUAUAACACAUGGCCAGUAAGAGUUGACCCUGACUUGCGGCAUUUGUAUCUCAACGAUCCAUUCUUGUUGGAAUCAUCUGUGAUAGUAAAAUUGGUUCUGGGAAUGGCAUUUUCUCUGAUUCCCCUUCAACUCUGUACGCUCUUCCUGUGUGUGCCACCCAUUUGUGUUAUUGCCCAAACCAGAAGUAUCAGUCAUAGUUUAAGGGUGGGUGAUUCACUCACUGCAGGAGACAGCAUAUCCUCAUGGGUGGUUUCGCCUUAUGGAGAUUUUGCCUUUGGGUUUCAACAACUUGAAGAUGAUAAUUUCUUCUUGCUCUCCACCUGGUAUGCAAAGAUUCCAAACAGAACCAUCGUUUGGUACGCCAAUGGAGACCAUCCUGCUCCAAAGGGGUCAAGAGUUCAACUUACUGCUUCAGAAGGGCUUAAGCUUACUUCUCCUGAUGGUCAGAUUCUGUGGACUACUCGAGAUAGCCUUUCUGGUUCUGUUGUUCUUGGCGCCUUGAAUGACUUCGGCAACUUUGUUCUCAAAGAUAGGAGCUUGAAUUCUGUUUGGGAGGCUUUCGAAGAUCCUAAAGACACCCUACUGCCAUCACAAGUUUUGGGAAAAGGAGGGAUGCUUUCUUCUAGAAAAUCAGAGACAGAUUUCGCUAGGGGACGGUUCCAACUUCUUCUACGGGAUGAUGGUAAACUCGUGAUGCAUUCCAUAAACUUACCAUCUGGGUACGCUAAUGAAAAUUAUUUCGAAACUGAAACUGUUGAGUCUAAUACAUCAAGCCCCGCCAUUCAAUUAGUCCUCAACAAGUCUGGAGACUUGUAUGUUUUAAGAAAGAAUAAUAAUACAGUCGUCUUCUCAGACAUGGCAACACCCUCUCCCACUCAAUUUUAUCUUCGAGCUACUCUUGAUUACAAUGGAGUUUUCAGUUUCUAUCAACAUCCAAAGAGUUCUUAUGGCAAUGAAACUUGGACACCUCUUUGGUCUCAACCAGAUAAUAUCUGUACGGCAUCUUUAGUUAGUGAAGGAACAGGCGUUUGUGGAUACAACAGCAUUUGCACUUUGGAUAAUAAUAGUAGGCCGGUUUGUAGAUGCCCAGAAGGUUAUUCUUUAGUAGAUCCUGACGAUCCACAUGGUAGCUGUCAACCAUAUUUCAUAGACUGUAAAGAAGAGCACAGUCAAAGGAAACAUCUUUAUGAAGUUGUCACGUUAACAAAUGUUGAUUGGCCUCUCAAUGAUUAUGAUAUUCAAAGUCCUUCUACUGAAGAAGAGUGCAAACGGGCCUGUUUCGAAGAUUGCUUUUGUGCAGUUUCAAUUUUCAGAUUAGGUGACACUUGUUGGAAGAAGACAUGGCCACUUAAAAAUGGCAGAGAUGACCCGAGUUUAGAUGGUUCUAAGGCCUUUUUAAAGGUACAGGGCAAUUCCUCCCAAACUGGUCCUCCUAUCAUUGAGAGAGAUAAUCAGGGACCUAUGUUUUUUGUGUUCCCUGUGCUAUUAGGUUGUUCGGCAUUUCUUAACAUCAUGUUAAUUGGAUCAAUCUGUCUAGGCUUUCCCUUCAUUUACAUAUUCCAGAAGAAGAUCAAGAGUGUCAAUCCAAGAGACGGUGAUGUUAAAUCCAUUUUGCGUUGUUUUACUUAUGAGGAGCUUGAAGAGGCUACAAAUGGGUUCAUAGAUGAGUUAGGAAGAGGAUCUUUUGGUGUAGUUUAUAAAGGAGUCAUAAACAUGGGUUCUACAAUUCAUGUGGCAGUCAAAAGGUUGAACAACUUUCUUUUGCAAGAAGAAAAUGAGAUGGAAUUUAAGAAUGAAGUGAACGUCCUUGGUCAGACCCAUCACAAGAAUUUAGUUCGUUUGCUUGGGUUCUGUGAGGAAGGAGAAGAAAGGUUAUUGGUUUAUGAGUUCAUGAGCAACGGCACAUUGGCAAGUCUUCUUUUCAAUGACUCAAAACCAAGUUGGAACCUAAGACUAGGAAUUGCUUUUGGGGUUGCCAAAGGACUUCUUUAUUUGCACGAGGAUUGUGACACCCAAAUCAUCCAUUGUGACAUAAAGCCUCAAAACAUUCUCCUCGAUGACUUCUUUAAUCCUCAAAUCUCUGACUUCGGGUUGGCCAAACUCUUGAACAUGAAUCAAAGCCAAACGUACACAGCCAUGAGGGGAACAAAAGGGUAUGUUGCACUUGAAUGGUUCAAGAACAUGCCUAUCACGGCUAAAGUAGAUGUUUAUAGCUUCGGUGUAUUGUUACUUGAGAUUGUUUGCUGCAGAAGAAGUGUGGAAAUGGAUUCAGAAAAUGCAGAGAAGGCAAUCUUAGCAGAUUGGGCUUAUGAUUGCUUCACAGAAGGUUCUCUAGAUGCUUUGGUUGAACAAGAUCAAGAGGCAUUGGAUGACAACAUGAACCUGGAAAAAUUGGUGAUGAUUGCCAUUUGGUGUGUUCAAGAGGAUCCAACUCUUGGACCCUCCAUUAAAAAGGUUUUUCAGAUGCUUGAAGGUGUUGUUGAAGUGCCUACGCCACCAUGCCAGACCUCAAACAGUGAGAAUCAAUAUCUAUAUUAGCUACUCACUUAGCAUGAUUGAGAAAGCAUGGGCUGGUGUAUGCUAUGAUAUUAUUGUAUCGUUUGAGAACUUUAUAAUUUUCCUUAUGUCAAUUAAUCAUUAGUAUAAACUAUGAAAUGUAGAAUAAGUCAUACUAUUUACGAGUCAAUAUGACCCAUUUUCUCGUAUUCCAUACAAUGUUUGCAAAAACAUAUUUAGUUAUGCUAACUUUAUGGAUAUAUCAGCUUAGGAACCAAAAUGUAAGAUUUGUAUAGUCUUUUUUUCAACUAAGUUUGAUAUUCUGUUCGGUUAAUUAC